GGAUGGACCCGGAGGGCGCGGGCCGUUUCCGUGGCGGCGCCCCGCCCGCCGACGCGGCGGCGAGGGCCGGCAAGCUGGCCCCGGGGUUCCGGCGCGGCUCCGCCUCGGACGACGACUCGGGCUGCGCCCUGGAGGAGUACGCCUGGGUCCCGCCCGGCCUGCGGCCCGAGCAGGUGCAGCUGUACUUCUCCUGCCUGCCCGAGGACAAGGUGCCCUACGUCAACAGCCCCGGGGAGAAGCUCCGCGUCAGGCAGCUCCUGUACCAGCUGCCGCCCCACGACAACGAGCUCCGGUAUUGCCAGUCCCUCUCGGGGGAGGAGAAGAAGGAGCUGCAGAUGUUCAGCGCGCAGAGGAAGAAGGAGGCGCUGGGGAGGGGGAGCCUCAGGCUGCUCCCCCGAGCGCUGCUGCACGCCGUCUGCGAGCACUGCGGCGAGGGCGUCGCCGGGGGCGAGAUGGCGGUGUUCGCCUCCAGGGCGGGGCCGUCCGUGUGCUGGCACCCGGCCUGCUUCACCUGCUCGGCGUGCGGCGAGCUCCUGGUGGACCUCAUCUACUUCUACCAGGACGGCCGGGUCCACUGCGGCCGGCACCACGCCGAGCUGCUGAAGCCCCGCUGCUCCGCCUGCGAUGAGAUCAUCUUUGCGGACGAGUGCACGGAGGCGGAGGGCCGGCACUGGCACAUGCAGCACUUCUGCUGCUUCGAGUGCGAGGCGGCGCUGGGGGGCCAGCGCUACAUCAUGAAGGACGGGCGGCCGUUCUGCUGCGGCUGCUUCCAGUCCCUGUACGCCGAGUACUGCGAGGCCUGCGGGGAGCCCAUCGGCGUAGACCACGCCCAGAUGACGUACGACGGGCUGCACUGGCACGCCACGGAGGCCUGCUUCGGCUGCGCAGAGUGCCAGAGCUCCCUGCUGGGCUGCCCCUUCCUGCCCAGAGACGGGCAGAUCUACUGCUCCAGGGCCUGCAGCCUGGGGGAGGACGGGCGCGCCUCCGACUCCUCCGACUCCGCCUUCCAGUCCGCCCGCUCCCGCGAGUCCCGCCGCAGCGUCCGCGUGGGCAAGAGCAGCCGCCCGGCCGACCGCCGCCGCCGCUCGCCGCCGCUCCUCCUCUCGCCGCCGCCGCCGCCGCCGCCCGACUACGGUUUCCCCGGCGACGGCGAGGACGCGCUGUCCUGCGGGCUGGCGCGCCUCAGCUUCGCCGACGACCGCUUCUGGAAGGGGCGGGACGAGCAGGGGGAGGCGCCGGAGGACCGCGAGGAGUGGGCGGAGCACGACGACUACAUGACCCAGCUGCUCCUCAGGUUCGGGGACCGGGGCGACUUCCGGCGCCCGGGGGAGCCCGCCCCCGCCGGGCCGUGGGCCUCGGACGCCGAGGGCGGAGCCAAGGCGGAGGGGGGGCGCCGCGGCCGGCAGAGCCCGGCCGGCAAGAGGUACCAGACGGACGCGCGCUGGGCCCAGUCGCAGGACGGGCUGGGGGACUCCGCCUACGGCAGCCACCCGGGCCCCGCCAGCAGCCGGAGGGUCCAGGAGCUGGACCUGGAGCCCGGGGCGGCCGGGUUCGAGCGCGAGCAGGGGCGCUGGCACGACGACCCGCUGGAGGGCGUCGCCGACGAGCUGGAGCAGCCCGGGCAGGGCAUCCGAGACUCCAUGGACUCUCUGGCGCUCUCUAACAUCACAGGGGCCUCUGUGGAAGGAGACUGCAGGGAGGAGCCGCUGCUGUAUUCCCUGCAGAGACUCGCGGAGCUGGAGAGUGGGGACUGCGAGAAGAUGAGCAACAUGGGGACGCUGAACUCGUCGAUGCUGCACAGGAGCGCGGUCUCCCUGAGGAGCCUGAGCUCGGAGCUGGAGAGAGAGGAUGUGCAAGUGGUGGAAGACGAGGAGGAGGAGGAGGAGGAGGAAGAAGAGGAGGAGCCCCUCCCGGAAGAGAAGCCGCGUCCCCAGCACGUGCCCCUACUGAGGAGGAGCCAGUCGCAGACCAGGCCGCCGCAGGCGAGCUUCUCGCCCGGCCUGGGGGACGUCGGCGCGCGCUACGAGCAGCUGGAGGUGCGGCGGGCGCCCCUGAGCGAGCAGGCCCGCCGCCGCGUCUACCGCUUCCAGGAGCCGGGCCAGCGGCCCGACCUUCAUCACCCGCACCAUCGUCACCGCCCCCACCGGCCCCACCGGCCCCACCGGCGGCACAGGGCCCGCAGGACCUGCUCGGAUGACGCCCUGCACCUGUCGCCCAGGGACCCGCGCACCUCGCCGGCCAAUCAGGAGCUCCGCGGCCAGCGGACCCGCUGCCACGGCACCUCGGACUACCCGCUGCAGGGCCUGGUGACGGACUGCCUCCAGGGCCUGCACGAGGACGACGGCGACGGCUGGUGCUCCACCUGCUCCUCGUCCUCCGAGUCGGAGGAGGAGGGCUUCUUCCUGGGCCAGCCCAUCCCCCAGCCUCGCCCGCAGAGGUACCGUUACUACGGCGACGACCUCCCCACCCCCGUGUGCGCCUUGCCCUCGCCUCCCUACGACCCCCGGACCGCGUCCAAAAAGAGGAAGGGGCACAGGGGCAAGAACUGCAUCAUUUCGUAGGCCGCGGGGACUGAACUGACCCUCCUACACUGUCCCGCUGAACUUCAUUUACCUUUUUUCCUCUAAUAAAGUCGCCACCGACUGAAGCCAUGUUCAUAUGCUUGCUGAUGUGAGUACUGGGCACAGGGUGAGGAUCCAGCCCUGAAACCGCCAUCCCGCCAAACCCUCUGGCUUCCCCCGUGAGAGGAAAGCCGCCUUUUAGCGGUCUCAUCAUUUGCCUAUUACCGCUCACCUAAAUG